AUGGGCAAAUUUCUACGCACAGAAGAGGAGAUUAUAAAUGCUCUAAAUGAGAUUUUAGAUAAUGAAUCUGAGGGCGAACCGCUGGAGUCUUUACCUGAGGAAGAAUUUCCAUCGCCAAUAGUUCCGGAUUCUUCAUCAGAAGACGAUGUUACUCCUGAGAAGGUUCUACUGAAAGCUGAUGAGAAAGACGCGGUGACGCGGUCCGCGGCGUUCUUCCUGGCGGCGGCGGCGCUUCUGCUGCUGGCCGAGGUGUGCGUCCUCGCGGGGCACUGCGCACGCCACCGCCGCCUCUGCACCUUCGUCUCGGGCGUCAUCUGCAUCGUCGCUGGUCUGCUGAUGCUGAUCGGGCUGGUGAUGUACAUCUCGAUCUUCAAGGCGGAGAUCGGCAGCAAGCUGCGGCCGCGGUCGCAGCUGCAGCCGCCGCUGUUCACGUACCGCUACGGCUUCAGCUUCCUGCUGGUGGUGUCGGGCUUCAUGGCGUCUGAGACGGCGGGCACGUGCGCCGUCUUCCUCUACAUCUUCUGGCACCAGCUGGAGUGGGGCCGCAAGCGCCACGACCUGCACCGGAAGCUGUCCGCCUCCUCGGCGCUGCUGUCGCCGCCACCGCCCGCCUGCCGCAGACACCACUUGCCUCCGCCGCCCCCGGUUAUCCCGCACCGGCGCUACAUGCUGGAGUCCGGCCGCGGGCUCGGCGGGGGCAGCACGUCGCGGCUGCCGCCCCCGGAAGACCACUGCCGGUCGCCGCCGCCGCCGCCGCCGUGCCUGAGCCGGUCGCACCAGGACCUGCGCUCCGCGGGCGGCUGCUUCCACGCGCCCGUGCCCGCCCCCGACGACUGCGGUCCCACGCCCCCUCCGCCUCCGACGUUGCACCACCACGGCCACCACCACCACCAUCACCACCAUCAUCACCAGCGAGAGCUUUCAACUUCAAGCCGUUCGUCGUCCUUCUUCCCGCGUGACGCGACUACGAACACGGUGUCGACGACUGCGGACAUCAACUCCUGCGCCGGCGACGAAGACGACGCAGAAGGCAGUGGGACACCUGGGGUGGUGUGCACUGCCGCCGGGCCCAAUGGCGUCUCCACCGACGACGACGACGAUGACGAGUACUCGCCGUCGCUGCAACACGAAUUCGUCACGUUCGACUUGGACGACACGCAGCCGCAACUGCAUCCGGCGCCGCAGCGAGUCAUGGUCGACGAGCAGCAGCAAACUACCGUGUCGGCACUGCGGCCUAGAGGGGACUUCGGGUUAGACACUCUGCGUAGGACUACCCCCGUGUAGCCACCGGCGAACAUUGCUCUUUGUCUGCAGAGUAGAGGGACUAGCGGUCGAGACGCUAAACCUCAGCCUUGACAAAUUCGCUUCUCUCAACUUUACGUGAGCAGGAAAAAUUCCUAGGUAGAUCUGAGGACCAAACUGCAACUAGUGUCGUUGCGUAUUACACAAAAUGUACACUCGGAGAACGCCGUCACAUUUACGCACGACACAUGUUAACUCUCGGAUAUGCGGAUUAUAAGCGUUGUAAGUUGUCUGCAGUACCUGCAACAAAACACUUGUCAUACAGGGUAAGCUAUUGCGACCUAGAGUCAGAGUCGGUGAAGUACUUUUGGCGCGUAACAGUGUCGUGGUAUAAAAUACAGCGAUAGUUGUAUAUUUACAACUGGACAGCUUCUCCACCAAUAGUCAAAUAACAAUAUCGGCCAGUCUAAAAAUCAGAUGAUACAAAUGGGAAGCCGGAGAGCAAAUAUUUUACUGAUGGGGUACUUGUUUUCACAAUUAAAUCGGUUUUCAAUAGUCAAUCAUAUGAAAGCUUGUGCAAUGACGAAUUGCUUUCGUAAUCGUUUCCUAGUGUCGUUUGCAAUCGGGCAGUAUUUUUCUGUUCACAGCGACGUUCGAUUUGCAAUCGCUGGCAAUCUGGUCAGCGAGGCUACGGCCGUUCUCGAGGUUUUUACUGGGAGCCCGCUUGGCGUAUACUGCACCCUCUCUAAGCUUUCUCGUUGUGAUGAGUCGCUCCUCAGCAUGAAACUAGUUUCUCUAGAGUGUGUGGGCCUACAGCAUUCAUCUGGGUGUUAUAAUAAGCUGAUUUGUCACUUUUACAGGGAUAUAUGCAAAGUCUGUGCUCUGCUAGGCGUUUGUUUCGUAGAACAGCCCGCGGUUGUCGCUAAGCUGAAACCUGGCGUGUAGGACUUAACAAGAAAAGUACUUCGCUACUCCUCAUUCUUAUCAUUCAGUCAUCACACGAACGGCCAAAGUGUGACGCCAGAUGACAGCUGGAUGGAUGGGGAACUCAGUGGCAUAUAUAUGGCUAAAAUUUACUCGCAGCUAAACAUACGGCGAAAACUGCCUGCGACAAUAGCAAAAACAUUGGUUACUAAUUUAUGUUUAGCUUGGUGCGAUUACACACCCAAAAAUUUACUGAUGUACUCUUGUUAUAUUUAUAUUUUCUUCAGAUGCUAUAUUAGCACAGGAUGGCCUUGAUACGAAAACCCAAAAACUAGUUAAGUACAGAGGUCAUUGUCUUCUUCUCCUUCUCUCUCUACGACAGACGGAAAUUCACACCUAAUGACAUACGUUUACUUUAGGAAGCAGGCAGUUUUCUUUCUUCGGCACCAGUCCUUUAUUUUCUGGCUGUGAGAUCAUCAUUUGCGUUACACCCAAUCAACAUGCGGAACUCACCUCCUAAAUUUUGAUUCAUUCGAUCUCUCAAGUUUCGUUAAUUCACUAGAGAAACUAUUCAAAACUGAGAAUGGAAUGUUAAUACUCUCCAAAAUUGUGUUCUUUCCUUUUAUGCAGUAAUGGCCCACUGCUCAAUCACAUUCUAGAAGCAACGACCUGUUGGCAGCAUUAAGUUUUAGUACUUCCUGAAGUCUGUCGCGGGUAUAAAAUGCUUUU